CUGUGCCUCCGUUUCAGGGGACUGGUGGAGAGGAGGAGUGGGAGCUCCAUGUUUGAAACUCCGGCUCCCUACGGACCUCAUUGAGCUUUAUUCCCUCCCCUGCCUGCAACUCUCCUGUGCAUCCAGAGGAGCAUGAGCUGCUUUGGUGUGUGUGGCCCUGGGUUUGCACAUGGAAAAGCCGAGAUACCGUUCAAGAUCGGGCAGCCCAAGAAACAGAUUGUACCCAAGACAGUGGAGAGAGACUUUGAAAGGGAAUAUGGCAAGCUCCAGCAAUUGGAAGAUCAGACCAAAAAGCUUCAGAAGGAUAUGAAGAAAAGCACAGAUGCAGACUUGGCCAUGUCCAAGUCAGCUGUGAAGAUCUCCUCGGACCUGCUCUCCAACCCCCUGUGUGAGCAGGAGCCCAGCUUCCUGGAGAUGGUCACCGCCUUCGACACAGCGAUGAAGAGGAUGGACUCCUUCAACCAGGAGAAGGUGAAUCAGAUCCAAAAGACAGUCAUAGAGCCUUUGAAAAAGUUCAGCAGCGUCUUCCCCAGUCUGAACAUGGCCGUGAAGCGCCGGGAGCAGACGCUGCAGGACUACAAACGCCUCCAGUCCAAGGUGGAGAAGUACGAGGAGAAGGAGAGGACCGGCCCCGUCCUGGCCAAGCUGCACCAGGCCCGUGAGGAGCUGAGGCCGGUGAGGGAGGACUUUGAAGCCAAGAACAAGCAGCUCCUGGAGGAGAUGCCCAAGUUCUACAGCAGCCGCAUUGACUACUUCAAACCCAGCUUCGAGGCGCUGGUCCGGGCGCAGGUUGUCUAUUACACCGAGAUGCACAAGAUCUUCGGGGAGCUGACGGCGCAGAUCGACCGCGCCGGCCCCAGCGACGAGCAGCGGGAGCGCGACAACGACGCCAAACUCAGCGAGCUCCGGGCGCUCUCCAUCGUGGCCGAUGACUGAGCCGGGGCAAGGC